CUCUCGCCUCAAAAUCGUAGGUGUACUUCCGCUCCUCGACAUACUACCUCUACUGGUACUCUUUACUUGUAUCUAACACCCGGGGAUGAAUUUGUUUUCGAUAAACUGCGGUGACGCACUGAGCAGCCAUUGGACAUCUCGGCUUCAACUCCUCCCUUAUAAUAAAGAGUGUGUCUGUGUGUGUUGUAAAACACAGCAACACCGGGCGUCUGCGUCAGGACGGCACACUCCACUCUGCGCAAUUACGCGGACUCCAAAGCCGGCACCGUGAUCAGAGAGAGAGGCGCGCACAAAAAAAAAGGAGAUUUUAUUUCAUCCAAAUGGACUUUUAAUCCUGAUAUUCUUAACAUUUGGAGGAUUCGCUUCAAUGCAGCUGUGAAUGUUGUGAUAUGCUGAUUACGCAUGUGCUCCGCGCACAUCUUUAAAUAGUUGUCUUAUAAAUAGACUUUUUUUUUCUUUUUAAAUAGCUCUCUUUCUUCUCUAAAAUUGGCUCCCGUACAAACAGCCGCGUUGGAUCCGUCGGCUUACUGCGAGACUCCGGUGUACAACCCGGAUCUCUGCCCCAAUAUGAUAGCCGCGCAGGCAAAGUUGGUGUAUCACCUCAACAAAUACUACAACGAGAAAUGUCAGUCUCGAAAGGCUGCCAUCUCCAAGACCAUCCGGGAGGUGUGCAAGGUGGUGUCGGAUGUCCUGAAGGAGGUGGAGGUGCAGGAGCCGCGCUUCAUCAGCUCUCUCAGUGAAAUGGAUAAUCGCUUCGAGGGACUGGAGGUCAUUUCGCCCACCGAGUUCGAGGUCGUGCUCUAUCUGAAUCAGAUGGGAGUCUUCAACUUCGUGGACGACGGCUCCCUGCCGGGCUGCGCCGUGCUCAAGCUCAGCGACGGCCGCAAGAGAAGCAUGUCUCUCUGGGUAGAAUUCAUCACAGCCUCCGGUUACCUCUCGGCGCGCAAGAUCCGCUCCAGAUUUCAGACGCUGGUCGCGCAGGCGGUCGACAAAUGCAGCUACAGAGAUGUUGUCAAAAUGGUCGCGGACACCAGCGAGGUGAAGCUGCGCAUCAGAGACAGAUACGUGGUGCAGAUCACGCCGGCGUUCAAGUGCACCGGCAUCUGGCCGCGGAGCGCCGCGCACUGGCCUCUGCCCCACAUCCCGUGGCCGGGGCCGAACCGGGUGGCGGAGGUCAAAGCGGAGGGUUUCAAUCUUUUAUCCAAAGAGUGCUACUCCCUGAACGGCAAGCAGAGCUCCGCGGAGAGCGACGCCUGGGUGCUGCAGUUCGCCGAGGCCGAGAACCGGCUGCUGCUGGGCGGCUGCAGGAAGAAGUGCCUGUCGGUGCUGAAGGCGCUGAGAGACCGGCACCUGGAGCUGCCCGGCCAGCCGCUCAACAACUACCACAUGAAAACUUUGGUUUCCUACGAGUGCGAGAAGCAUCCCAGGGAGUCGGACUGGGACGAGAACUGCCUGGGAGACCGCCUGAACGGGAUACUAUUGCAGCUUAUUUCGUGUUUGCAGUGCAGAAGGUGCCCGCAUUAUUUCCUGCCCAACUUAGACCUGUUCCAGGGAAAACCUCACUCCGCCCUGGAGAACGCAGCCAAACAGACUUGGCGACUGGCGAGAGAAAUACUGACCAACCCCAAAAGCUUGGAGAAACUCUGAGGUAACUAAAUAAUCCUGAGUUCACCUCGUCUUAAAAGCGCGCUAAAGAGGCCUAAAGAGCUCUUAAAAAGGACAGAAAAUAUUGCCAACCAAUUUACACAAGUCUUGUGAAAUGUGACUAUCCUCUGUUGUUGAAUUUUAUUUUAUUUUAUUUUUUUGGCCUAGCCUCUUCAAACAUGAUUUUUCAUAAUUUUAUACAAUUUCUUUUGCAAUCCUCCCUGUGCACCUCUCGGUGUGGAUAUUUUAAAAUCCCUGGCUGCAGCUCGGUUGCCUAAAUCCUACAUUUCCUUAAAUGCUUUAAAAUAAAGCCCCGUGAUAGAUUAAAAAAAAAGAACCUUUUGGAAAAAAAUUAAAACACACAUCUGUACAUUUUAUACUGUAAAUACAUUCAUAGAUUGUGAUUCAAGUGGUCUGAAAUUGUGAAUGUUGUUCUGUGACGCGUAAAUAGGAUCCACCUGUUUAAAUCUGAACUCUUUUUUUCUUUAUUUAUACAUCAUCAGUGGUAGUCUGAAUCACCUGUUCCAAUGGACAUUUUCUAUUUUCUUUAAAGUUUACAUUUUGAUGGUACAUGACAUUUGUUACAUUGAAAACAUUCCAUCGAUUUUACUUGAAUUAAUAUUAUUUAAAGGACUCGAACUUUUUUUUUGAGUUGAUGUUUUUCUCUACCAUGCUUAGGCCUACAUGAUUAAAAAAAA